CGGACGUUUCGCUCCUCAUCCAAAGAGUUCAGUUCGCUGACGAAGCUCUUCGGAUGACGAGCGAAACGUCCGACACCUUCUUCACAGAAGUACAGAUGACGUCUCAAGAAGCCUUUCCCUCGAUCUUGAUCUUAGAAAUAAAUGACAAAUGAACCAAAUCAAUCCAUGAAGUUGUGCUGUGUUUAAGUGUUCUUCAGAGGGUUGGCAGGCUCCUGAUCAAUGAAUCAAAGAGCAUAUUGACUGGCUGACUUUUGUGCAUGCGCACUGAUAAUCGUCCACAAAGAAGAAUUUGGGUGAAUGUUCUUUUUGUGCAAGAAAAACCAAAAACAAAAAGAGGACUUUAGCCUUUGGGAUGAGCAAACAGCCCGAGACAUGGCCUCGGUCUUUCAGCAAAGCGCACAAAUGUUCUUCAACGGCCACUCAUCAACCCCACGGCUCCAAAAUGACCUCCGAUAUCUUUUGUCAAGAUGAUGUGACGUGUGAAACACCAGGAUCGCAGGCUAAGUAUGGUGAUAAGGUUUGGUCUUACCGUGCGUGGGCUGCUGCAGAAUGAAGCUCCAGCUGCUCUUCUCCUGGACUUUAAAGGCCGCCUGUGAGCUGCUGGUUACUGAUUAACACCUCUGACUCAGAGCCUGAUCAAUGCUUCUGAUGGAGGCCAAGAACUAAGCCCUCCCAAUGUCCCCCCGACGUGUUGACUUUAGGAGGCACAUCCUGAAAGGGGGGUGGGGGGCUGACAGAAGCGGUGUCCACAAUAGGAAUGGGAAGUGGGAGGUGGGAGGUGCCGGAAGGGUGCUUUCAGUGAAAUGUUGCACAGAUGUUUGUUUGGGACGUGGGAAUCGUGUUCUCGAAAAACAAACAUGAAUCACUGAAGGGGUGGAAAUGGAAACGUUUAUGCUGAUGGAGAGGAUGUUUAUUUCCAUUGCAGCAACAUGGAGGUUCUUCUUUCAACAUGUGGAAGAACCAUACACAGCCACAACGUGAUGGUAGCUCCUCCUCAUGCUGGCCACACUGCUGUGGGACGGCAUUCCACCAGUCCAGUAUGAGAUGUAGCAAGACAGCCAACGUGGUCAUGUGGGUCAGUCUAGCAUAAAGUGUGGCCCAUUCUUUUCCAAUGGAAAGGCUUUCAUCAGGACAACGUUUAUGGACAAAGAUCCUUUUUGCAGCAGAGAAAUGAUCACACAUUUUAUUUUCCACACAUAUCAUAUAAUAAAAUAGUUGCUUAUCAGCUUGUCAAUUGUCCUGGGAAAAGGGCAAAUAGGUCGCAAAUGUCCUUGACAGAAACACAGGUACGGCGCUCGUGUCAGAUUGUAUGAUGAUACUCGUUUUACGGAUCAGUCAAACAAAGUUACCUUGAUAAAUUACAGCUGCAGCUUCUCCAUAAAGCCAUAAAAGUUAACAAGUGAAACAAAUACUGCGACACUUGCACAACAUUUCAUCAUCCGUACGUGCAGUAAAGUCAGUAACUUAAACGUAAUAAACGCCAUACGACUCCAACCACUAAAUACAAACUAAAAUAAAUACAAACUAAAUACAUGUUUGGUGUAACAAAAUGGUUAGUAUACAAUACGGAUGCUCCCAUCAGGUUUUUAUGCUGCCGAUAUGGAUUUUCAGCAUAUGACUGCUGUUACGGGCCACACCUGGCCCUUUGAGAAGAAUUGCAUUGUGGGAAGCCGAGUGUCUAUCUCUUCCCUUUCUCGUCUGUCUGCAGCGCCUAUUUUUUUUUUUGCACCCUGAUUGGCUGUAGACCUUUGUCAAUCAAUCUCCUUCAUGCCGCCCUGCAUGUCUCCUGUGUCAUUGAUUGCUAGCUUGCUAGCUUGUAAAUGAAUUUUCGGUUUGAAGGACUGCAGCAGUAUGUUUUAACAAGGACACAAAAGCGCUACAGUACAGUGGAACAGCGCCAGGACGAAAAGGCACGGUCACAGGAGUGAAAUAUACGUGAGUGGUUUAAUCAUUUCUAGUGUCUGACCUGUAGAUGGAUCAUUGAAAUUCAAACAUUUAAACUUCUUUGAGUGUGUUUAAACAAGAGAGAAAUGUGAUAAAAUGUUAAUGCCUGUCUGAGAAAAGUGUAUCAAGUGUAUGGUGAAGGCUUUUACAUCCUUAAAACAUUCAUUAACAAUCAUUGGUACAAAAAAUAUGUUGGCUACUUCACGGAUUUCACUUAUUACGGGCUACUUUGGGAACCUAACCCCCGCGAUAAAAGAGGGAACACUGUAAAUGUUGAAAUGUACUAUUAGCUACAUCAGGGGUCACCAAUGUUCUUUCUUGUGAGCGCUACUUCUACAAAAUGAAAAUGGCCAAGAGCUCCUCAUUUUUCAGCCAACAAAGCCACCAUGCUUGUUUUACCAGAACAGGAGCAAAAUGCUGGUAUCCACAACUCACAUUUUGCAUUUCUUGCUAGUGUUCUCACUUUAUUAACUGAAUGACAAGCAGGCUAGCAGGCGCCUCAUGUGGUCAUGGCCGAGAGGGGGCUCACGGUGCCCCCCGGGCUAUAUGAAAUGAACGGGUAACCAAAACAUUUAGACAAAAACAUAUUUCACUUACCUUUGCACAAUCACCGGUGGAACUUAGAGGAUCAGGCGCCUUCUUUAAGGAGACUUCGGAUGCGACAGCAGCUCGAUGGCUCCAGCAGGACCCCCAGGCAGGCAGCAAACCCCGUGUCCUCCACCGCCAUCCAGUCCGAUGAAUCCAUGAUUUUUUUAAAUACAAUGUCAUAAAAUAUCAUAUAUUAAUUCAUAUAUCAAAGGUGUUUCAUGAUGAUCUUUAUGUUUUCUAAGGAGUAGGGGGCACACGACGUCCAGUCAGAUGUCUGAAGGGGUACGCCACUGUGAAAAGUUUUGGGUCAUACUUCCAGAAAAAACACAAGUUAACUGCAUCCACCGCAGCACAAUCAGUAUAGCUUCUAUGUUGUGUGCUUAAAACACCUCAACCCAAUCUUCUGCUCCCUCUUUUAUGACAGCUCAGCAAGUGUGUGUUUCUCAGGCACCAUCAUUAAGAUGUCCUGUUUCGGGGAGGUUUAUGGCGCACUAAAGGUGGCAUUGGGAUUAUAUAAACGCUCCGCUUCUUCUUGGGAAGCAACUUGGAAGUCUGUGAGCCAGAGUCACCAUGCAGACACUCUGGGUUCUUUGCGUGGUGGUGGUGGUGGUGUCACACGGUGCGCUAGGUAUCGUCAAUAAGAUUGUGACUCGUGUCUUAAAAUUGUUUUAGAAAAGCACUGAUUGUUGUUCUGUUCCGGUAUGAUCCAUCAGGUGACGGCCAGCCCGGUGAUGCUGCGUUAUGGAUGACUGCAGCUCAGCCCUCCUGUCGCUACAACUGCGGCCGGCACAUGGGAAGCUGCUCCUGCUACAGCUCUUGCGAGUAUUAUGGCAACUGCUGCCGUGACUACUACAAUUACUGCCAAAGCACGACCCAGCGUCCAUCCACCUCAACUCAGCCCUCCUGUCGCUACAACUGCGGCCGACACAUGGGAAGCUGCUCCUGCUCCAGCUCUUGCCAGUACUACGGCAACUGUUGCCGUGACUACUACAAUUACUGCCAAAGCACCACUCGGCGACCAUGGACCUCAGCUCAGCCCUCAUGUCGCUACAGCUGCGGCGGGCACAUGGGAAGCUGCUCCUGCUACAGCUCCUGCCAGUACUAUGGCGACUGUUGCUACGACUACCACUCACAAUGCUCAAGCACGACAGACAUGCCCACCACAGGAGAGCCUUGCGGAGGUUCCAUGUUUGGCUCGGGUACCUUCUCCAGUCCCAACCACCCCGGCUACUACCAAAACAACGCCUACUGUGUGUGGCAUAUCAGAUCUUCGCACGACCAGAGAGUCUUCCUGGAAUUCCCAUACCUGCGACUGGAGAACUGCUGCAGCUGCGACUACGUGUCGGUCUACGACGGUCCGUCCGUCAACUCGCAGUUCCUGGGAAAACUGUGCCACAACGACUCGAAUGUCUUCUACUCCACCUCCAACCACAUGACCGUAGUAUUCCAGGCCGACAGCUCAGGGGUCGAGAGAGGAUUCCGAGCGGAGUUCAACAGCGCUCUACCGCAGAACUCAGGUAAAGUCAACUGUUCUUCGGAGGACAUGACCAUCGCCAUCGGCAGGAAAUAUCUCAACUCGCUGGGCUACGACGGCCACAGUCUCUACCUCAACGACCAGUACUGCAGGCCCACCGUUUACACAAACGACGUGGUCUUCAGUUUCGGUGUCAACAGUUGUGGCACCAGUCGAAAGUUUGAGAAUGGCAGAGUGGUGUACGCCAACACGGUUCGCGCCUACACGUCCAGCUUCGGCGACAUCACUCGCAUGGCCAACUUGAAAAUCAACGUGGUUUGUCGGAUGGAUCAAGACUCAGUGGCGCAGUUUAUGUACCUGGCCCAGAAUCACGACAACACCAGCAUCACAGGGACGGGCAAGUUCAACACUUCGGUGGACUUCUACACGCACAGCAACUUCUACUAUAAGGUGACAGAGUUCCCAUACAAGGUGUCUCUCAACCAAGACCUGUACGUCCAGGUGGACCUGGGGGGCGGAGACAGCUCCCUGGUCAUUUUCCUGGACACCUGCGUGGCCUCACCGUCAUCUUAUGAUUUCCACACUACAACCUACUACCUGGUCCGUAACGGGUGUCCCGUAGACAACACCUAUCGGACCCUCGUCAGUGGCACCCGCCGCUACGCUCGCUUCUCAUUCAAGGCCUUCCAGUUCCUGCGAAGCGCUGAGAAGGUCUACUUCCAGUGUAAGGUCCUUAUUUGUCGAGACAACGACUGGAACUCUCGCUGCCGUCGGGGCUGCCUCAGACGCAAGGCCAGAGACGCGAGCGCCAAACACGAGAGCCAGACUCUGGUCCUGGGACCCGUCCAGCUCUUAGAGCCUGGCAAAAAGAAAGAGGAGGCUGCAACAGAGGAUGCAGUUUAACGUCCAUCAUUUUCAGCUCAUUUGAAUCAUUCUAUAAUAACUCACAUACUCACCUUUUCUCUUCUUGACCACAAUACCUGAUUAAAAGCUGCAUCAAAGACAAUCCCAGCAUUUUCUUCACUACUUGUAGUUAGAAAACACUUUACUUCUUAUAAAUUAACCAAAUCAAUUCCAGACAUUGUUUAGCAUCCCAAAGGAUGGAAGGACUCUGACAGUGACAACAUAAGGCAUUCA